AGUGUGCAGUUGAAGCCGUCCCCGUGCCUCGCAUAUACUCUGCAUAUCACACGAUUUGGUCUCUCCUCUCUCUUUUCUGGAGCUGCUGUAGGACUGGCUAUGGCCACCGCUACUUCCGGGAUCCGUCAUUUCAUUCGCCCACCGCUCAGCGCUGCGAACUGACUCUGUUUCUAUAAGCAAGCUAGCAGCCAACCUGCCAACACUCGCUGACACUCACUCAUCUCAGUCUCGCCAGAUAGACGAAAUACCUACGGGGGGAAAGAAAGGAGAGAUCUGAAUCGCAAUCUCUUAAUUUCUACUGCUUUUUUCUUCUUCUUCUUCUUUUUUUUUUUACAGUGAUAAUAAAACAAGAUAGCGAUCUGGAGGCAUUAAAGGAGACGCGGACUUGCGGGAUGAAAACGGACUAAAAGAUUCGUCCUUCUCUUGAACAUCAUCACCAACCGUCAUUCAUUCAUUACCUUGACAACCUCUGGCUUUGAUUGACAGCUGGAGUGGCAAAAAGCCAUGAGACACGACAGUUUAGUUACAUGCAGGUUGUUGAUGGGCCGAUUGUAACCUUCACUUUGGCGCAUUUUUCCUUUUUUUUCCCGAGGAAAGAGGGAAAACCAGAAAAAUUGCAAAACUCCCUGAUGCUACGAUUUCAACUGAACCACACUGGCGAAUAGGAGAAGUCGCAAAGUUGGUUGAAAAAGGAAUCUCGCCUCUAAAUCACUUUCUAAACGGGACUGGGAUAUUAAAUAUACGACAGAUUCAGGAGUUUAUUGGAGCGCAGCCUGAUGGCGCAAAGGUACGAUGAGCUGGCCCACUACGGGGGGAUGGACGGAGUCUCGGCGUCGAUGUACGGGGACCCGCAUGCUCCCCGGCCGCUUCCCCAGGUCCACCACCUGAACCACGGACCGCCGCUGCACGCCAGCCAGCACUACGGAGCCCACGCUCCUCAUCCAAACGUUAUGCCCGCCAGCAUGGGCUCUGCUGUCAACGACGUUUUAAAGAGGGAUAAAGAUCAAAUUUAUGGUCACCCUUUAUUCCCACUGCUCGCACUGGUUUUUGAGAAGUGCGAGUUGGCGACGUGUACUCCGAGGGAGCCCGGCGUCGCAGGCGGCGAUGUCUGCUCCUCAGACUCCUUCAAUGAGGACAUUGCAGUCUUUGCCAAACAGGUCCGAGCAGAAAAACCUUUAUUUUCAUCAAAUCCAGAGUUGGACAAUUUGAUGAUACAAGCCAUACAAGUAUUACGAUUUCACCUCUUGGAAUUAGAAAAGGUGCACGAGCUCUGCGACAAUUUUUGCCACCGGUACAUCAGUUGUUUGAAAGGAAAAAUGCCAAUAGACCUAGUUAUUGACGAACGGGAUGGCAACUCAAAAUCAGAUCACGAAGAGCUCUCGGGAUCGUCGACUAACCUUGCAGAUCACAACCCAGCUUCCUGGAGAGACCACGAUGACGCCACCUCCACACACUCAGCCGGCACACCGGGGCCCUCCAGCGGGGGACACGCUUCACAGAGCGGUGACAACAGCAGCGAACAAGGAGAUGGCUUAGACAACAGCGUUGCAUCGCCUGGCACAGGGGAUGACGAUGAUCCUGACAAGGAUAAGAAGAGGCAGAAAAAACGUGGCAUUUUCCCCAAGGUGGCCACUAACAUCAUGAGGGCGUGGCUGUUCCAGCAUCUCACGCACCCAUACCCUUCUGAAGAGCAGAAGAAGCAGCUAGCCCAAGACACAGGCCUCACCAUCUUACAAGUAAACAACUGGUUCAUUAACGCCAGGAGAAGAAUAGUACAGCCCAUGAUUGACCAGUCAAAUCGAGCAGUGAGCCAAGGAGCAGCAUACAGUCCAGAGGGCCAGCCAAUGGGCAGCUUCGUGCUGGAUGGUCAGCAACACAUGGGGAUCCGACCAGCCGGGCCUAUGAGUGGAAUGGGGAUGAAUAUGGGCAUGGAUGGGCAAUGGCACUACAUGUAACCUUCAUCUUGUAAAGCAAAACGCAAAGAAAAAGGGGGAAGUCUGCCAGGCAUGCCAGGGGAGUACGUACCUCAGAGCGGUCCUAUGGGCAUGAGCAUGGCCCCACCAACUUACACCAACCCUCAUCAGAUGACCUCUCACCCUUCCCAGCUCCGACACGGACCACCUCUCCAUGCGUACCUGCCCGACCACCCCCACGCCCACCACCCUCAUCACCAUCCCCACCACGCCAUGCUGAUGCAUGGAGGACCCUCAUCGCACCCAGGAAUGACCAUGUCUGCACAGAGACCCCCUUUGCUCACUCCCAUUGACCCCAGUACUGGAGGACAAGGCCUGGACAUCCAUGCCCAAUAGUAUAAGGGAACUUUGCUACCAUGACAGCAGCAGCUACUACAAGAAAAGAGUUACAAAAAAAAAAAAAAA